CACCAAACCAAACAAAAUAUAUAGAGUUAAUAAUAUUAAUUUUAAUAUCCCCCCUCUGCUCCCUCUCUCUCUCUUUCUUUCUUUCUCCUCUUCCUUUUCGCCCUUUCUCUGCUCCAAAACCCUAAUCCCUUCCCUUCCCUGCAAGGCAAAAGAGAUGGAGAACAGGAGAAAAGGGAUGGGUAAGUAGUGAAAAAGGGUUGGAAGCUAAAAGAAGCCAUCUUUUUCCUGAGAUCUUUAUUUCCCCAUUCGCCUCCCCCCAUACCCUCUUUCUGCUGCUUCCAUUUCUUUUCCUGCUCUCCUCCGUAGAGUAGAGCCACAAAAAGCUAUAUCAAACCCAGUUCUUCUGCUGCUUGCUUGGGUUCGUACACAAUAAUGGCUAGGUGUAGCUCUAGGUAGUAGCUUUACCCAUUCGGCUAUAUUUGUGUAGCUGAAGAGAGAGCAGAGGGACUUGCAGUAGCAGAUCACAGAGAAGUGGAGGACUGAAACCAUAUAUUUUCUGAUGGAUAUGGGAAGCAGCUUUUUCACCCCCUUCUUUCUAGUCUAAAAAAGCUGAUCACCCUCAUCCAUCCAAAAAAGACCAGCACAGAACAGAAUAGAAUAGAGGCAAUUGGAAAGGAAGCAAGCAAAGUGGGAGAAAGAAAAAAGAAGAAAAGCUGCUAAAAAAGCAAGUGGCCGGUCGCGGUCUUCGAUUCCCAAUUUCUCAUCCUUCCUGCUACUAACUAUAGCUUCUGAGCUGGGAAAAAUGGAUUCAUCUGGCAACAGCAGCUUGCAAUCCUCCGCCAGCGGCGGAGACGAAGAAGAGUACGAUUCAAGACCCAGACCUCCUCCUCCGCCGCCGCCGCCGCCGUCGCUGCAACUACAACACCAACAACAUCAUCAGCAGCAGCAGCAGGCAUCACUAAAUUUCCUGAAUCCGUUCUCCUCAAAUCAACAAAACCCAAAUCCCCUUCUCUUCUCCCACCACCACCAAACAUCUCUAUUCGACCCAUCCCAAAACUUCUUCCAUCCCUUCCCCAAUCACCACCACCACCACCAACAACAACAACAUCAACAUCAGUCAUCUCCUCCGACGCCGCCGGAAAACCCAUCAUUCCUCAACCUCGACAUGGUCCCCUCUUCCUCCCACCACCACCACCAUCAAUUCCUCAGAUCUGACCACACCAUGCUUGCUCAACAACCAUCAUCACCUUCUGCUUCUUCACUCCCGCACGCCAAUCCUCCUCCUGCUGCUGCUGCGGCCAUUAAUAACAAUAAUGAUCAUCAUAAUCAGCAGCAGCAGAGCAGUACUACUAGUACCACCACCACCACCACCACCGCCCACGGGUCGACCCGGAACCCGAAGAAACGGACCCGGGCGUCGAGGCGGGCGCCCACCACCGUCCUCACCACGGACACCUCCAAUUUCCGCGCCAUGGUGCAGGAGUUCACCGGCAUCCCCGCCCCGCCUUUCUCCGCCGCCUCCCCUUACUCCCGCCUCGACCUCUUCGGCUCCUCCUCCUCCUCCUCCGCCGCUCUCCGCUCCGGGUUCGACUCCAUGAUCUACCCGCUCCGCCCCGCGCCCCACAAGCUUCACAAUCACCUCCCAUCAUCGUCCUCAUUAUUAGCCUCCUCCCAACCCAACAACACCACCGCCGCCACCAGCAGCGAUCUCCCCUCCGCGGGGAAUUUCCAGCUGGGACCAUCGGCGCAGAACAUGAUGAUGAACCAGAUGCUGUCGCUUCAGUCGCUGCUUCAAUCCAAUGAUCUCCACCACUCGCUCAAGCCCCAAUCGUCGAUGAUCGGCAACGAUCAUCAGAUCGGGACGACGACGAUGAUGGGCAGCGGCGGGGAUUGGGGAGAUAGGGUCCCCCCGCCUGCCGCCAUUGAUGACGUCCGCAAUCCAGACCGUGAGAUGGGGAACAGCAACAACAACAACAACGACGCGACGGAGUUUAUUCUACACCAUCAGAAUGUUUGAUCAGAGGCGAAGGUACUGCAGUCGUUCUAAUUAGCUUGCUAAGAUGUAUAUUGUUAAUUAAAUUAAAUUAUUAUUUGAAACGGACGACUUCGACGAUUAUUAAUAUUAUGAAUGAUUUAUUAUAUGGAGAAAAAUAUUUGUGAGGAAAUCUUUGGGAAUAGUAGUGGUUGGGGAAAGUCGCGGAGAAAUUGGUGGUGCUGAUUUCGUUUUAGAUUUUCUUUACUCCUUCUCCGUUCAUUAUGGAUUCAUUCAUCUAAGGCAUCAUUAUCAUGAUAUGAUAUGAUACCAUAUAUAUAAAAAUUAAUGUGGUCGAUAAUUGAAUUAUUAUUAUAAUUAUA